ACAUAGAGAUAGAGCAAUUAACUUAGAAGCUACGUCUCCUUCGUCUUUUUGCUUUCCUGAGUCGUGUUUCGGUUAAUAAUUCCAUUUUAAUAUAGGGUAUUUGGAAUCUUAUCUCUUCUCUCUCUUGGUCAAGCUCGCUCUAUCUCUGUCCCUGUCCCUGUCUCUUGUCUUUGUCUAAUUCACAGACAAAUUGGGCACAAGUGACCCAAAUAUAUAUUGUGCAGAGCAGACAUUCUUUUGAGUGCAAAACUCACUCUUAAAUAUAGAAAGAGAAGAGCUACAUAGAGGAUUGAGUUAGGGAGAUGGAAGCGGUAAGCGGAACAGGGUUGGGGCAUCUUUUCGUGACAAUGUUUCUGACAGGCUUGUCUGGUUGCAUAGUGCUUCCGGCAAUCACCGACGUCACGAUGGCGGCGCUUUGCCCAGGUCAAGAUCAGUGUUCGCUUGCCAUUUACCUCACCGGCUUCCAGCAGGCUGCGACGGGAGUGGGAGCGGUGGUGCUGACUCCUUUAAUAGGAAACUUGUCAGACCGAUACGGCAGGAAAGCUUUGCUCACACUUCCUCUGACCGUAUCUGUGAUUCCUCUAGUGAUAUUGGCAUAUAAUAGCAGGGGUGCCAACUUCUUCUACGCAUACUAUGUGGCCAAGACUUUUGCUGCCAUGGUGGAAGGCUGCGUACAGUGCCUCGCUCUUGGAUAUGUGGCAGACAAGGUUGCAGAGGGGAAACGAGCAUCCGCAUUUGGAAUACUAGCUGGAGUAGGAUCAGCUUCAUUCGUGGUUGGAACAUUAGCUGCCCGUUUCCUCUCUACUGCUUUCACAUUUCAGGUUGCAGCAGUCUUAUCAAUGAUUGCUGCAGUGUACAUGAGAAUUUUCCUGAAGGAAAGUGUGGCUGGUGAGAGGCAACCGUUGUUGAAAGAGGAUGAACAAUUUUGUGAGAAUGACUCAUCGCCAACUACAACAGUUACAGCACCAUUCAAGAGGCUGCCUUCCCUGGGGGAUUUAAUUUCCUUGCUCAAGUGUAGCCCUACGUUUUCACAAGCAGCAGUUGUUUUGUUCUUCAACAGCCUUGCAGAUGGCGGGUUGAUGGCUUCAUUGCUGUAUUAUUUAAAGGCCCGUUUUCAAUUCAACAAGAACCAAUAUGCGGAUUUGCUGCUAAUUAAUGGGAUUGGAGCAACUCUUACACAACUACUUUUCAUGCCCCUACUAUUGCCUGCUAUAGGAGAGGAGAAGUUGCUCUCCACAGGGCUCUUUGUUAGCUCCAUCAGUAUCUUUAUCUACAGCAUAUCAUGGUCACCUUGGAUUCCUUAUGCCCUGGCAGGUUGCUCUAUUUUUGGAGUUUUUGUGCGCCCAAGUAUAUGCAGCAUUGCAUCCAAACAAGUUGGACCGACUGAACAGGGAAUGGUUCAAGGAUGUCUUUCGGGAAUUAGUUCCUUAGCCAACAUCAUUUCUCCGUUGAUUUUCAGUCCACUGACAGCCUUGUUCCUGUCGGAAGAUGCACCGUUUUAUUUUCCUGGCUUCAGCCUAAUGUGCCUUGGGCUAGCACUGGUGAUUGCAUUUAUUCAGAGUAUAAUGAUACGAGCGGAUUCUUCUAAAGCGUGCGGCAAAAUUAACAGUAACCCCUGCAGGGAUGCCUUGGUCUGAGGUGGGGACAAGUUGUUUCCACAAUCAAGUACUCGUGCUUCAUGUUGCCUUAGCAAAAUUAAAUAGAUAAAUAUAUGAGGAACCACUUUAAUUCUUGGGACCGAAAUACAUGAUCAGGAACCUUUAUGGCGGAAGACAGGAAAUAGAACGAAGUUAGUUAUGAAGAAUAACGAUCUGAUGAAGGGUAGUGCAUAGGUUAAGCAGUUAAUGAGCCAUAGGGUCCUAUCACCUAAACUGUCUUUCACACUUUCUAUACUGAUUUUUGGAAGUAUACACAGACUUAUCAUAUUUAUUUUUGAAGAUUUUAUUGUUUUCUCAAGGUUCUUGUUAAUCUCAACAAGAAACACUGCUUUAGGACUCUUUGAAAGAUACAAAUAAAUGUACACGACACAUAAUCUAAUGCCUCUUCUCUUCUCAUUGACAAAAGAAGAGAUC